AACCAACUCCUUGCGAAAGGCUUGCUGUUUAUAGAGGAGAAGGUUAAGCUGUGUGAAGGUGAGGAUCGCAUUGAUGUCCUGUCUGAAAUCUGGGAUCACUAUUUCACAGAGACUCUUCCUACGCUCCAGGCAAUAUUCUACCCAGUCCAGGGUCAGGAGUUGACUAUUCGUCAGAUUGCUCUUCUUGGCUUCAGAGACUUGGUCUUGCUAAAAGUGAAGUUGGAAGAAAUUCUUCCUCUAGUCCAGACAAAGCCCCCAGCUUCCAUUGUCCAGAUGCUGUUAAUUCUGCAGAGUGUCCAUGAGCCUACUGGCCCCAGUGAGGGCUACCUGCAGCUGGAAGAACUGGUCAAGCAGGUGGUAUCGCCGUACUUGGGUUUAUGUGAGGAUCUUAGCUUCUCUGGGAGCACCUGCCUGCUUGAGAGACGGUACUCCAGAUCCCGUCCUAAGGCUGGCAUACUGAAUUACUCAUCUCACGUGGUGACGAGCCGGCAGCCCAGCGAGAUGGCCCUGACCCCACUGACAGAGCAGGAGGGUGAGGCUUACCUGGAGAAAUGUGGUAGCAUCCGUCGCCACACUGUCACCAACGCCCACUCAGAUAUUCAGCUCCUGGCGAUGGCCUCCAUGAUGCACACGGGAAUGGUGAUUGAGGAAUCCGACAGCACUGACAAAUGCCUCCUCCUGCAGCCCAGUUUUAGCCACAGGCAGUGCUCCAGUGAGCCCAGCAUUGCUGAUGGGUCUGAGGGGGUCAUGGCAGCAGGUAGGCAGGACCCUGCCGAGCUGAACUGCACCUCGGUCAGCUAG